CCCCCUCUCUCAGUCUGAGGCAGUUGGUUCGCUCCGCUGUGCCGUAUGUGUCUGGGAUGCAGCAGUGAAAGAAAGAGAGCUGAAAGAGUGAGAGAGACAGAGAGAGAGAGAGAGAGAGAGAGAGAGAGAGAGAGAGAGAGAGGGAGCUGUUAUUUAGGUCUGUUACAGCAGACAGGGAGCAGCUCGCCCUAGGGCAGGGGGAGACGAUAAAGCAACACUGAACUCAGAACAGCACAUUCAGCUACAGACACAGCCAGGCAGGAACCAGCCCUGCAUUCCAGCUGAGGGGAAGGGAAAGAAGGUAUAGAAACUGAAGUGCCAGCAGGAAAGGAUAGAACAAACGGCAGAGAGAGUGAGAGAGAGAGAGAGAGAGAGAGAGAGAGAGAGAGAGAGAAGGAGAAGGAGAAGGAAGGAAGGAAGGAAGGAAGGAGAAGGUAGCAGCAACACAUCAACACAAGGGUUUGAACCGGGACCUUCACUGCUGCUACUAUUGUUGUUGUUGUUGUUGUUGUUGUUGUUGUUGUACUACGGUAAGGUGACCUAACUACUCCAGGAACAAGGAAGGGGGGGUACAGCAGCAGGUUUAACCUGUGUGUUCUCAGGAGGUAGGGACUAGGGAGGGGGCACAGUAAAAGGAGGUUGAAAGCUCCACCACCAUGUUUGACUGUAUGGAAGCUCUGGGGAUGGGCCCACGCCAGCUAUAUGAUGUCACCAGCCGGGGUGCGUGCAUGCUGCGGAAGGCGAGCCCCUUCUUCGCAGGGCUGGACCCCUUCGCUUGGACCGGCAGUGCCAGCGUUCAAUCGGUGGAGACCCAGAGCACCAGCUCUGAGGAGAUGGUCCCCAGCUCUCCCUCUCCACCUCCCCCACCACGCAUCUACAAACCCUGCUUCGUGUGCCAGGACAAGUCCUCUGGAUACCAUUACGGAGUCAGCUCAUGUGAGGGCUGCAAGGGUUUUUUCCGACGCAGUAUCCAGAAGAACAUGGUGUACACCUGCCACCGAGACAAGAACUGCCAGAUCAACAAGGUCACCAGGAACCGCUGCCAGUACUGCCGACUGCAGAAGUGCUUUGAGGUCGGCAUGUCCAAGGAAGCGGUGCGUAAUGACAGGAACAAGAAGAAGAAAGACGUGAAGGAGGAGUUGGUGUUGCCAGAGAGUUAUGAGUUGAGUGGAGAACUGGAGGAGCUGGUCAACAAAGUCAGCAAAGCCCACCAAGACACCUUCCCCUCACUGCUGCAGCUGGGCAAAUACCACACCAACUCCAGUGCAGAGCAGCGCGUGCAGCUGGACCUGGGGCUGUGGGAUAAGUUCAGUGAGCUUUCCACCAAGUGCAUCAUCAAGAUCGUGGAGUUUGCCAAGCGCCUCCCUGGCUUCACCACCCUCACCAUCGCUGACCAGAUCACCCUCCUCAAAUCAGCCUGCCUGGAUAUCCUGAUGUUGAGGAUCUGCACCCGCUACACUCCAGAGCAGGACACCAUGACCUUCUCCGACGGGCUGACCCUGAACCGGACCCAGAUGCACAACGCAGGCUUCGGCCCGCUCACAGACCUGGUGUUUGCCUUUGCUGGCCAGCUGCUGCCUCUGGAGAUGGACGACACAGAGACGGGCCUCCUCAGCGCCAUCUCCCUCAUCUCUGGAGACCGUAUGGACCUGGAAGAGCCCCAGAAGGUGGACAAGUUGCAGGAGCCCCUCCUGGAGGCCCUGAAGAUCUACGCACGUCGCAGACGCCCCAACAAACCCCACAUGUUCCCCCGCAUGCUGAUGAAGAUCACUGACCUCAGAGGCAUCAGCACCAAGGGGGCAGAGAGAGCCAUCACUCUGAAGAUGGAGAUCCCAGGCCCCAUGCCUCCUCUGAUCCGGGAGAUGUUAGAGAACCCAGAAGCAUUUGAGGACCAAACAGAGAGCAGUGGAGAGAGCUCCCCACCUCCUGCCCCUCCACCCAUUCCACCAGCCUCCUCCAAGCCCCCCACCACCAUGAAGACUGAGGCUGAGGACGAGGAGGACAGCUGGGGGACAGAGCCUUCCCCAGAGGAGGAAGAUGAGGAUGACUAUGAUGAUGGGGAGGAGGAGGAUCGGGACAGGGGCUCGGACAGCGAGGGGGAAUCCUGGGCUCUGGAGGGUAGCAGCGAAGGGGCUAGGAAGAACCAUGCCGGGAGGGCGCAGUGAGGAGGAGAGAUAUCACAGAUAUGCAGAUUAUACACUCAAACACACACACUAACUGACAUAAUCAAACACACACACACAGAACAGAACAGGACAGAGCAGGACAGGGCAGGACAGAGCAGGACAGGGCAGGACAUAGCAGGACAGGACAGGACAGAGCAGGACAGGGCAGGACAGAGCAGGACAGGGCAGGACAGAGCAGGACAGGGCAGGACAGAGCAGGACAGGGCAGGACAGAGCAGGACAGGGCAGGACAGAGCAGGACAGAACAGGACAGAGCAGGACAGAACAGUGUACGACAGGGCAGGACAGAACAGCGUAGGACAGAACAGGGCAGGACAGGACAGAACAGCGUAGGACAGGGCAGGAAGGAAAGGACAGGGAAGGACAGGACAGAACAGCAUAGGACAGGGCGGGAAAGGAAAGGGAGGGCAGGACAGAACAGCAUAGGACAGGGCGGGAAAGGACAGGGAGGGCAGGACAGAACAGCAUAGGACAGGGUGGGAAAGGAAAGGACAGGGAGGACAGGACAGAACAGCAUAGGACAGGGCGGGAAAGGACAGGGAAGGACAGGACAGAACAGCGUAGGACAGGGCGGGAAAGGAAAGGACAGGGAGGACAGGACAGAACAGCAUAGGACAGGGCGGGAAAGGAAAGGACAGGGAAGGACAGGACAGAACAGCGUAGGACAGGGCAGGAAAGGAAAGGACAGGGAAGGACAGGACAGCAGAGCCAUAUGGUUGCCUGUAUAGACACUAUAACUCAGGUUCCCUGACUCGCAGGUUCUUGACAAGUGCCAUGCAGUGAGACUAUAAUAAAACGAGAGACGUAGAAACCACAUGAUGCAACCGUCUGGACUUGUGACUCGUGAUAUAGAGAAGAGAGAAGAUGACAAGAAUACUAUCUUUGACGAAGCAAAUGUCAAUUUUUUUACUAUCUUCUUGUUUGUAUCUAUAUAGAGGAAUGUAAAAAACCAGACAGCAUGAACUGAACAGUAAAUACGGAUGCCAAGCAAAGCACACUUCUCAAAAAGAAAUACAGAAUGAAACCAAACUGAAAAUGCUAAUUAAUUUGUUGGGCUUUUAAAAAUGUUUUAAUUUCUUCUUGUUUUAUUUUCUUGAUUUUUAUUUUUAUUUCAAUUUAUGAAUAAGUCCCUGCAUAUCUAUAUACCGUUAUAUUAUUAGUCUGUGUUUGUAAUCCUGGUUUUGAUUUCUUCAGAUUAGGUUUUGUGUUUGAGGAGUUUUCCAGCGGCGGUAUAUAGAGAUUUGGCAUCAGAAUCAGAACCGGCAUACCGCUAGCUGAAUCUCCUUUCCAACUGGUGUUUUUUGGGCACUUUUGCUCGCCGUAGAUGUCGAUGAUAAUCAACUCAGUAAUGUUAACUUGUGUUACAGUGACUCAAGUUGUGAUUUGUUGUUAUCAGGGGACUGGCAUUAAUCCAUGUGCUUUCUUUCAACACAACAAACUGUGCUGCCGAUUGGACAUGUGUCUUUGUGCCAAAGUUCGCAACUCAUUUUCAGAAACAGAGAGUCAGUGACCCUAGACACCAACCAGUGCUCACACACACAUCAAAUAUUCACGCCUAAAUUAGACACACAAACACACACACUAAAUCUCGGCUCUAUAACAGUUGUGCCAUAUUGGUUCGGGUGCUUAGACAGAGAUUGACACUUGUCCAUAUAUGUAGCACUUUGAUAUCCUGUUUUUAAAUCAGGCAACGCUAGCAAAGUAAGAUACAAUACAACUUUAUUAAAUCAGGCAACGCUAGCAAAGUAAGAUACAAUACAACAAUAUUAAAUCAGGCAACGCUAGCAAAGUUACAAUACAAUACAACAAUAUUAAAUCAGGCAACGCUAGCAAAGUUACAAUACAAUACAAUACAACAAUAUUAAAUCAGGCAACGCUAGCAAAGUUACAAUACAAUACAACAAUAUUAAAUCAGGCAACGCUAGCAAAGUUACAAUACAAUACAAUACAACAUA